ACUCAGCCACCACACCACUUCCAUAGUUUUUAGACAUGUCGGCGCCUCGUCCCUCCUCGUCCGGACCGCGGGGCAGCACGCAGGGCCAGAACGUAAGAUCUGGGAGCAACUCCUAUAUCUCUCGUUCUACGGCUGCCUCGCAGGGCCAUACAAGCUCCCAGCCCGGACGCUCACGGCGAUGGCCACUCGCACGUGACGACAUGCUCCUGCCAGUCACCGUCAAGAUGUUAGGCGACGCAUCUGUACACACAUUUGAUGGCAAUUGUCCAGUUAUCAAUGGCUAUCGCCCGUCCACUGUCACCUUGGUCGGACGACUAAUUACACCAUCUGCCACCGGAAACUCUUAUCGAUUUGUCCUGGAUGAUGGCACCGGCAGGAUCGUUUGCACCUACUGGUUUGCUGGUCACGGUGGAGACAAUCGCGUCAUGAACAUACCUGUUGGAGACUAUGUGGAUGUUAGCGGGCGUCCAGACAUGAACUCGAAAAACCCUACAAUCACCGUGUUCAGUUGCAGGCCUAUUGCUCCGGAUUUCAACUGUAUUACACUUCACUUCCUGCAAACAAUUUAUGCAUACCUUGAUCUACAGCGCCCUCCUCCCGAAACGCUCGUUACGGACAUGUACAAUUUGCUGCGAGACUACCUCGACACUGGUGACGAGGGUUUACCCUUCUCGUGGAUCUGCACAGGCACCAGCUUCAAUCAUGUUAUUGUUAGGAGGGCUUUGGAUAUCCUUGUAUCUCGUGAGUUGGCCAUAUAUGACCCUGUGGAAGACAAAUACAGUCUACCAUGAAGUUUUUUCGUCACCGGAGGAUCUAGACCAACAAAACGUAAUUAUGAUGUGUGCUUUAUUAAGUGUGACAAUAAAGAAAAUGCGGGGGGAUUCUCCGCACACCUGAUCGCCUGAUAGCAUGUCCGGCGUCAUAUCCCCAUCGCAUGAGUGUUGUUUCAUGUUAUAUUUAUGUAAAGCUAGUUAAUCUAGAAGUAUGUAUUGCGUAUCAGUGGUCAUGUGUGACCAGAGUUCUAAAUCGCCUUGUAUCGUUAUUAUUUACUCUUUCGUCUAUGCCUUAUCCCGGCAACAUAUUAGGUGUAUUUGGGCGUCCUGCGAUUUUGGCAUCCGUUAUGGAUUGAAAUGAUGUUUGUCGAAGAUUGAA